AUGAGUGUGUCAUUUCCAACCCGAACAAUCGUUCUAGCAGGGGCAGUACUCUUACUUCUGAAGCGGGUACCAACAUCUGGAAAGUUUGGGACUCAGAGAAAUAAAAUCAUCCUAGUAUCAUCAAUUGUCAUGGGUCUUCUCAUUCGUCAUCUGUUCCCCGGUACGAACAAGAAAUAUAUCACCAACCCAACCAAGGUCGUGGGGAAGGACACAGAAGAAUACGACUUCAUUAUUGUUGGCGGCGGUACAGCAGGAUGCGUACUAGCGGCGCGGCUCUCUGAGGAUCCUUCUGUAAAGGUUCUGCUCUUAGAAUCAGGGGUUAGUGGAAAGAGUCUGAUUUUAACGCGUAUCCCUGUCGGUUUCUCUAUGCUAUUUGGUUCGAAGAAUGUUUACAAUCUCUAUACUGAGCCACAAGCUGGAGCCCAAGGGAAGAAGAAGUAUUGGCCUAGAGGUAAGAUGUUGGGAGGAUGUUCUUCUAUCAACGCUCAGAUGGCACAAUAUGGUUCACCUGGAGAUUUCGAUCAGUGGGGAAAGAUUAUUAAAGAUGAAGCAUGGGCGUGGCAGAAUUUCAGUCGUUACUUCAAGAAAUUUGAGAAAUACGUCGACGAUCCUGAAUAUCCAGACGUGACCAGCGCCGUCAAAGGGACCGACGGACCUGUGCGCGUCGGUUACUUCAGUUCAAUUUGCCAAAACUCGAAAGACUUCAUCACGGCCUGUACGAAAAUCGGAAUUCCGUACAAUCGCGACUUCAACACGACUGAAGGAACAAGGGGUGUGAACAGGGUCAUAACCGAGAAAGUAGGGGAGGAGAUCAAAGCCACGGGUGUUGAAUUUGCUAAGGGCAAGGAUGCUCGUCGUUACACUGUGCGCUCGAAACGAGAUGUCAUAUUGGCUGCCGGAGCUGUUCAUUCGCCCCAUAUUCUUUUGCUGUCCGGUAUAGGUCCGGCGGAACAUCUGCAAGAGGUCAAGAUUCCUGUGGCGCACAAUCUUCCUGGCGUCGGAUCGAACCUCAUCGACCAUCCAGUCGUCGACGUUUACUUCAAAACCAAGGCCAAUGACUCGCCCAAACAUGUAAAGCCACAUGGAAUUUUGGAAGUCUUCAAACUGGUGGGAUCCACAUUCCAGUACUUGACAUCACAAAGAGGGCCUUUGACGUCGAACUUCGGUGAAUCUGCGGCGUUCUGUCGUAGCGACGACCCAGGAUUGUUCCCUGAAAGUGAAUUCCCAGUGAAACUUGCGGACAGCACCUCGCAUUUGGACUCGCCUGAUUUGGAGAUAUUUUCCACUCCCAUAGCUUACAAGGAACACGGGCAGACCAUGUUUCCGAUGCACACCUUUUCCCUGCACGUGUGUUUGCUGCGACCUAUGAGUAAAGGCACUUUGCGGCUAAGGUCAGCAGACCCUUUCGCAGACCCUGUGAUGGAUCCCAAAUAUCUAAGCGCUCAGGAAGACGUUGAAAGAUUAAAGCGCGGCAUCAAGCUUAUCCUCAAGAUAAGCAAACAGGAGCCUCUUGCACAGAGGCUUGAUCUAAAUGAUCCCAGCCCCCUUCUCGAUAGCAAGUUGGACCAGAAGUCCGAUGCUGAACUUGAAGAGGUUGUUCGAGAGCGCGUUGAGACCUUGUAUCACCCAGCGAGCACCUGCCGAAUGGCGCCUCUUGAAGAUGGUGGCGUUGUUGACUCGAGUUUGCGAGUGUAUGGGAUCAAAGGAUUGAGGGUGUGCGAUGCAUCCAUUUUCCCUGAAAUUGUAUCUGGACAUACGGCGGGCGCUGUCCUGGCUAGCGCCGAGCACCUCGCCGAUAUUAUCAAAGCUGAGAUGAAGUCCUCUAAGGCUUGA